GUUGGGAGGUGAAAUGAGACAAUUACAUAAUAAGGAUCAAAGUCUGCCCUUCUCUCCUGGUAGUAUAAAAGCAAACAAUCACAGACAUCACCAUCUGACUGUCACUCUCAGUGCCACCAUGCUGGCCUCAGGGCUGCUGCUUGUGGCUUUGCUGGCCUGCCUGACCAUAAUGGUUUUAAUGUCCGUCUGGCAUCAGAGGAAGCUCAGGGGGAAGUUGCCUCCUGGACCUACCCCACUGCCUUUCAUUGGGAACUACCUGCAGCUGAACACAGAGCAGAUGUACAACUCCUUCAUGAAGAUCAGGGAGCACUAUGGCCCUGUGUUCACGGUCCACCUGGGGUCCCGGCGGAUUGUGGUGCUGUGUGGAUACGAGGCUGUGAAGGAGGCUCUGCUGGAUCAGGCUGAGGAAUUCAGUGGGCGAGGGGAUCAGGCCACCUUCAACUGGCUCUUCAAAGGCUAUGGCGUGGCGUUUAGCAACGGGGAGAUCGCCAAGCAGCUCCGGCGCUUCUCCAUCACCACGCUGCGGGACUUCGGGGUGGGCAAGCGCGGCAUCGAAGAGCGCAUCCAGGAGGAGGCGGGCUUCCUCAUCGAGGCCCUCCGGGGCACGCGCGGAGCCUUCAUCGAUCCCACCUUCUUCCUAAGUCGAUCCGUCUGCAAUGUCAUCAGCUCCAUUGUCUUCGGGGACCGUUUUGACUAUGAGGACAAAGAGUUCCUGUCACUGCUGCGUAUGAUGCUGGGAGUCUUCCAGUUCACAGCCACGUCUACCGGGCAGCUCUAUGAGAUGUUCUACUCAGUGAUGAAACACCUGCCAGGGCCACAGCAACAGGCCUUUAAGGAGCUGAAGGGGCUGGAGGACUUCAUAGUCAAGAAAGUGGAGCAGAACCAACGCACGCUGGAUCCCAACUCCCCACGGGACUUCAUCGACUCCUUCCUCAUCCGCAUGAAGGAGGAGAAGAAGAACCCCAACACCGCAUUCUACAUGAAGAACCUGGUGAUGACCACAGUGAGUCUCUUCUUUGCGGGGACCGAGACGGUCAGCACCACCCUGCGUUACGGCUUCUUGCUGCUCAUGAAGCACCCAGAUGUGGAGGCCAAAAUCCAGGAGGAGAUUGACCGCGUGAUUGGCAAGAACCGUCAGCCCAAGUUUGAGGACCGGGCCAAGAUGCCCUAUACGGAGGCAGUGAUCCACGAGAUCCAGCGAUUUGGAGACAUGAUUCCCCUGAGCUUGGCCCGCAGAGUCACCAAGGAUACCAAGUUUAGGGACUUCCUCCUCCCCAAGGGCACUGAAGUGUUCCCUAUUCUGGGCUCCGUGCUGAGAGACCCCAAGUUCUUCUCCAACCCCCAAGAUUUCAACCCCCAGCACUUCCUGGAUGAGAAGGGGCAGUUUAAGAAGAAUGAUGCUUUUAUGCCCUUCUGCAUCGGAAAGCGGUACUGUUUCGGAGAAGGCCUGGCUAGAAUGGAGCUCUUCCUCUUCCUCACCGCCAUCUUGCAGAACUUCCGCUUCAAGUUCCCGCAGCCGCCCCAGGACAUCGAUGUGUCCCCCAAACACGUGGGCUUUGCCACCAUCCCACGAAACUACACCAUGAGUUUCCUGCCCCGCUGAGCCUGGGCUGUGCCUGGGCGGGGCUGGUGGGAGGAGCAAAUAAGAGGGGUGGGGCUAUGGAGGGCGGGGCUAGGGAGGGUUAGUGAGGGCGGGGCUGUGGGAGGGACUGGGGGCGGGGCUAAAUAUAGGUGAUGAGGACUGUAGGGGAAGGGAAGGAGCAAGGUGGAUGGAAGAGGAAGAAGCAGAACAGGCUCUGUCUGUUCACCUUGCUAGAGACAGAGCCCUCAGAGGUGGGAUGAGAGAGACCUUAUACUAUACUUUUAAGAAGAAUAACGUAUUAUUUAUUAAGCAAA